CUUUCAGCUACUCUCUCCAUCUACGACACCCGCUUUCGCAAUCAUCCACGCAUCACUUUGGCUCUAAUGUGCUCCAGCUCGUCUGUCUCGACAGUGUCUUAUGUACCGUCGACCACCCGGACCGGAGAUCCUCUGCGCGCGACUGCAACUACACCGAAGACCAGGGAGCGCGGUGGCCAGUGCUGUCACUGUGGCUGGCGAGGCAGUCAUGACCCGUCUUGUUACUUUAACAAUCCAACAACAGCCGCUCGGAGUUGACCUUCCUCGAACUACUCGAGCAAGAUCAUCUGUUAAUCUACCUCCAACCCAUCAAAAAUCUCCAAAUGCCUCAGUCCAGAUUUCUAGAUCACGUAUAUCCUUGUAAAAUGUAAACACCAAUCGUUCGUAUUCAUAUGCUUGUAGUCUUUAUGUCUAAAACUGCUCGUGACUAUAUCGAAGCAAUGGUUUGAAUUAUUCAGUCGUAUAUGGGCAUGAUAUUCAAUACUGCAUGAUAGCUCAUCCAACCCUAGAAUGAAUUACUGCGCAGCUCGCUUUAUAACACGAACAAAAACA